CCGUCUUCAAUUCGUGCAACCCACGAUCAAGAAUUCAAGAUCACCUUGCGUUGAAUAUCUGUUGGCAAUCGCCCUUCUUCUUCUUCUUCUUCUUCUCCUUCAUCUGCCGUCGCUUCCUCCUCUGCUAAUCUAAGGAAUCCGAUUCACCAUGGCUCAGACUGUUGUCCUUAAGGUUGGUAUGUCCUGUGAGGGCUGCGUUGGUGCAGUGAAGAGGGUUCUCGGGAAAAUGGAAGGAGUGGAGUCUUUCGAUAUUGAUCUGAAGGAGCAGAAGGUGACGGUGAAAGGCAAUGUCCAACCCAAUGCAGUUUUAAAGACUGUCUCAAAGACUGGGAAGAAGACCACAUUUUGGGAUGCCGAAGCACCGGCGGAACCUGAAGCAAAGCCUGCUGAAGCGACUGCUGCCGUCUAAUCUGUGAAGGCAAGGGAAAGGAGACCGAGCUGUUUCCAUAGGGCAUUUCUUUGAUGAUGGAUUCUAUAUCAAAUGUGGUGUGUGUUGUGCAUUUAACGUGUUAAGAUAGCUAUAAUAAUUCGGAUGGGCACCUUGUUAUGGAUAUAGGAUAUGGAUUCCACUGAAAUAGUCCUUUGUCCUCACUGCCCUGAUUAUUGUUGUUGCAAUUAUGCCUACAGUGAUAGCAUAAUGAUCUGUUGUCAUUAUAAUUCCAGAUCGAGACCUGGCCAAGUACUGGAAUAAUGUCUGGAGAGGUAUGUGAUGUCGAUAAAUGCUCUAGUUCAACCAAUAUGUGUUGAUGCUUAUUUUUGCAAUGA